GUUCCAGGAUCUGUGGCGAGUCAAGGUGAGGCCUGUGGCGCCCCGUCUCCCAUCAUCCCACUCGCACUUCUGCUUGCUGCCGCCGCCAGCUGGAUUCAUCAUGUUUCCCCCUUCAAAGCAUCUGUGCCUCACAUUUGAGCCAGACUCUCAGGCCCAAAGUGAGACGCAGGGCCCGGCGGAGGCCCAUGUUGUCACAGCUGAGGAAGAGGAGGAGACUUCCUCCUCUUGCUCGUUCAACUUCUCCUACCCCUCCACCUCCCCGGCUUCCUCUCCUGGGGCCCUGGCCUCCCAACAGGGGGAGGAGGGGAAGGGGCAGGAGAAGGCGGCGGAGGGGGAGGGGGAGGGGGAGGGGGAAAAGCCUCAGGAGGAGCCUGCCGCAACACUGAGUCCUCCCCAGAGCCUUGAGGGCUCCUGCUCCGUCCCCGCAUUGCGGAGCACCUCAGAAGGAGGCUUGAGUAGCCCAGAAAAAGAGGAUCCAGGUUCCCUGCAGGCCCCAGCAGACAUUGAGUCUUCGCCCAAAGACCCACUAGAUGAGCAGGUAGCUGAUUUAGCGCGUUUCAUGAUCCUUAAGUAUCAAUCGAAGGAUUUCAUCACAGAGGCAGAGAUGGUGAAUGUGAUCACGAAAACGUACAGGAAACAUUUCCCUGUGAUCUUUACGAGAGCUUCCAAGUGUCUGGAGGUGAUCUGUGGCAUUGAUGUGAAGGAGGUAGACCCUACUGUCCAUGGCUAUGUCCUUGUCAGCUCCCUGGACCUCGCUGAUGAUGAGGUGUCUACUGAGAAGCACCGCAUGCCUACAAACGGCUUCCUGGCAAUCAUCCUGGGUGUGAUCUUCCUAGAGGGCAAUUGCAUCUCUGAGGAGAACCUCUGGGAUUUCCUGAAUAUUAUGGGAGUGUAUGCCGGGAAGGAGCACUUCAUUUAUGGGGAGCCCAGGAAGCUCAUCACCGUAGAUUGGGUGCGUGAUAGUUACCUAGAAUCCCGACAGGUGCCCAACAGCGAUCCUCCACGCUAUGAAUUCCGGUGGGGUCUCAGGGCCUAUGCUGAAACCACCAAGGUGAAAGUUCUAGAAUUUCUGGUUAAGAUCAAAGGGAUGGACCCCAUUUCCUUCUCACUGUGGUAUGAGAAAGCUUUAAGAGAUGAUGAAGAGGGGGAUUGGACGGGAAUUGGUUUUGAGGAAAGUACUGCUGCCAUGUCGGUCCCACAGCAGUGAUUGGCAGCGUCUCCUGCCGCAGCUGAAGAGUGAGCCCAGAGGGUCACUCUGUAUUUGAAGAGGGUAGUCCUGGCUCUGAGUACAGGGUCAGGGUCAAACUGAGGAGAGCACAGUGUACAACAACUUUGUGUUCCUGUUUUGUAUGGAUGAUUUGGAAGUUUAUCUUUUUUUUUUUUUUAAACUUUUGGUAGUUUUCAACUGCUGUUUCCUUUACCAGAAAGUUUAUUAGCAUUAAAUCUAAGUGUAUAAGUGAAUUUGUCUCAUUCUGUUGCUGUUUCUUAGACUUAAGAAUAUGAUUUUUGACAUUUUACAAAAUAAACUGGGAAUCCUUUAAUUUUGUCUUGUGAUCUGGAACAAGAUAACAACAUGGGAAUGGGAACUUCCUUGGGAAUGUGAAAGAAAAUGGAGGGAAAAAUGGAAUGUAAAAGGCGGUUCAUUUUUGGAUUCCCUUAACCGCUAGUUUGUUGUUCUGUAAAAUUAAAAGACAUAUACCUGGACUUGCUUGGCUUGCUGAAGAAAGUGGGCAUAAUCUUAAUAAAUUGUAUUAAAUGAAA